CAACAACAACAACUACCUUCUCGGUAACUUGCUAGCAAACAUAAAACCAAAACAUUGAAGCUAUUUGGACCAUUUUUGUGUAUAUUAACCUCAGUGUUUUAAACACACUGUAUAUGUAUGUACUAGUUAAUCCAUUUAAUUUCAUAUUUACGUUGUCAGCUAUCUGGCUUGUUCAGUUAGCCCAGCACUAGGCUAGUCGCUAAUGCUAACUAGCUAGCUAGCUCACGUCCCCUACUAUGAGCUCACUAAGUUACUCUCCCCCUGCUAAAGAAAAUGAGGUCUGUUGGACGGAGAAAGAAACUCCCGCGCUGAACUUUACGUGAAAGAAGAAGAAUUUACUGUGAAAGAAGAGGAAGUGGAGGAAGCUAUCACAGUGAAAGAAGAAGAACGGGAUGUUACGGUAGAGGAAGACGUUUUCGGAGUGAAAGAGGAGGGUACUGUGUUUGUAGUGAAAGAGGAGGAGAUGACUGUCACAUUGAAAGAAGAGGUAUGACUUUUUGAAAUGAAGGAGGAGGGGGAGAUUACUGUCACAUUGGAAGAAGAAGAAGAAGAAGAGACUGGAGAUCUGAUUAACACCAGAGAGAGACUAGACUCUCACUCUGACAGAGGGAAGAGUCCUUCAGGGGAACCAGACCAAGAGACGUCCAAACCAGCAAGACGACACCAGUGCUCCCAGUGUAAAAAUAGUUUUACCAGGUUAUGGGACCUGAAAUCACAUGAGAGGACACACACAGGAGAGAAGCCCUAUCAAUGCUUCCAGUGUGAAACCAGAUUUUCUCAGUUAGGGCAUCUGAAAACCCAUAAGAGAAUACACACAGGAGAGAAGCCCUACCAGUGCUCCCAGUGUCAAACUAGUUUUUCCUCCUCAGGGACCCUGAAAUCACAUGAGAGAAUAGACACGGGACAGAAGCCUUACCAAUGCUCCCAAUGUGGAAAGGGUUUUCGCUGGUCAGGGCAACGGAAAAAGCAUAAAAAAAAACACACAGGAGAAAAGCCUUACCACUGCUCUCAAUGUGGAAAGAGGUUUACCACUUCAGGGACCCUGAAAGAUCAUGUAAGAAUACAUACAGGAGAGAAGCCCUACCACUGCUCCCAGUGUGAAAAUAGUUUUACCCGGUUAUCGGGCCUGAAAUCACAUGAGAGGACACACACAGGAGAGAAGCCUUACCACUGCUUCCAGUGUGGAAAGCGUUUUACCACAUCAGUGUCCCUGAAAAACCAUGAGCAAACACAUUCUGUAGAAAAGCCUUUCCACUGUUCACAUUGUGAAAAGAGUUUUACGAAUUUAGAGUACCUGAAAAGGCAUGAGAAAAGACAUAAACGGGAGAAGCCUUUUCACUGCUCCCACUGUGGAAUGAAAUUUACCUGGUUUCAGCAACUGAAGGAGCAUGGAAGAAUCCACACCGGAGAGAAACGUUAUGAAUGCUGCCAGUGUGGAAAGAUAUUUACCCAGUUGGGGCACCUGAAAGACCACGAGAUAACACACACAGGAAAGAGGCCUUACCACUGCUCCCAGUGUGGAAAGGAAUAUAACACGUCAAAUGGACUUAAAGUUCAUGAGAAAACACACAUACUGCUCCCACACUUGUCUCAUAUUUUUGACUGAGAAAUUGUGCUUUUGUUUAACGGCACAUGAAAUCAAAUUGUAUAAAGCGCAUUCCAAAAGACAUUUGUAUGUUUUUUUAUUUAAACACCUGAACUGAAUAUGGAGUAUGUCAGUUUGAAUGUAGAUACUGUAGUGUCGAGAUAACGAUGCUAAUUAUGCUGUGAUGACAAGAAGUCCGCUGACACUGUCCUUGAUUAUAAUGGUUUAUUACAUCAA